AUGCAGAUGCUCAGCAUGGUCGGCAGCCGCUUUUUCGACGCAGAGGGACAGGGCAUCAUGGAGGACGACGACCUCGACGAGGCAGACGACGACAUCCUCGGCCAGCCUCCGCGGCGGCGCUCGCUCACGGGCGAGCUGGAAACCGAGUCUGCCGCAGCCUUGGACCCGACAGCCUGGCUGAGUUCCCGCAGCCGCCGCCUGAGGACCGAUCGGGGCUUGUAUCCCGGCAGGCACGAGGCGUUCGACGAUCAAGCGACGCCGCUGGGCGGGCAGACUCCCUUGGCGGCCUCGGCCAUCUCGGUACACCGCGCCAAAAAGCCACCGACAUCCCCCUUUGGAAGCCACAGCGAAACAGCGCAGCGGCGCUCCCAGGCACGCGCCAAGCGCCAGGACGACCUGGCCGGCAGGCAGAGCAGCCGGCAUCCGUUCGCCGAGGCCUCUGCCGACACGGGCGAAGAAGGCGAUUCCGAGGACAGCGGCACGGACGAGCCUCGAUCCGCGGUCGACACGGCUCCUGGUCCAUCGCAUCUUGAUGAUGGACCGAGACAGUCGCUAGAGACGCAGGAUGACACCACGGAAGCAAAAUCAGCGCCGAUGCCCAGCGAGGCUUCCACCUCGCGACUGCAACCACCCUUCGAGGUCUUGCCGCCCGAAGGUUCUGGCGCUGCCGACGAUGCCUUGCCUCGCCGCGACGAUGUAGAGCAGCUGCUUGUCCAGCUUCACCGCCUGUUCGAUCUCGAGCCAACCGAGGAGCUGUUGUCGGCGCACCGGUGCUGGCUCUUCCGUUCUAUCCUGCUCCAAGGCCACGUCUACCUCACGACGGGCCACCUCUGCUUCUACGCCUACCUUCCCUCGCGCGAGAACCGCCUGCUGCGCUCCGGACCGAUCGCCAAGCUGACGCGGCGGACGCACCGAUUCAGCAAGCACUGGGCCACGCUCCGGAGCGGGCUGCUCAGCUGGUUCGACAGCGCCCGCGACCCCUACUUUCCGCAGGGCUUCAUCGACCUGCGGCGUGUCUCUGCCGUCGAGGCAUCCUCCAAGCACCUGGAUCGCUUCAAGGUGACGACGCCGUAUCGCCGCUUCACGUUCCAGGUCGAGUCCGAGGCCAGCCGCAAUGCCUGGAUCACGGCGCUGAGGAAGGAGGUCUUCAAGGCGCACAACGAGGGCGAGAGCGUCAAGAUCAGCAUCCCACUCGAGACGGUCAUUGACGUCGACACGACCCUGUCCGUCGACCAGACCGAGAUGGUGUGCAUCAAGGUGGUCGACGAGCUCGCCGGCUUCGCCAUCGACGAAUACUUUUUCCUGCACCUGUCGAGGCGCGACGAGUUUCUGCGGACCACGAAGCGCAUCGCCUUCGGAAACAGCCGCUCCGGAUCGGAUCCGCUCCGCUGGUCGCGGGCAAGCAUCCAAGACUCGACAGGCGGGAUGGCCAACACCGUCACGCUACCAAAUGCUCCGCUCGACGAGGUGCCCGCGCUCCCGAUCUCCACCACGCUGAGGAGACAGGGCUCGUCGGCCUCGGCAAAGACGAUGUCGGCAGCCCGUGCGGGGGCAGACGCCUCAAAAGGAUCAGCUCUGAAGGCAGAAGGCGAGGCUGGGCAGCGUCCGAUUGCUAUUCCGCGGCUCGACGCUGCCAAGGGCCGGCCAGCGGCCACAAUGGAUGCAGACGCCGACCACCUGUCCUGCACGCCCACGGCAAGGACGAUGGAAGGAGCCCUCGGAGACAGCUCCUUCGUCUAUCCGCCAUCGCCCACCGGGAGCGAGCCCCCGCCCUCGUUUGAACAGGUCCAGAAAGAGGCGGAACGAGGCUGGGCCCUUCCAAAGUGGAUCAAGGACACGCCGAAUCGGAUGCUCGGCGGCGGCUCGGCUGCCGAUGCCCUCGCCGGCUGGAUGGGAGGCACCUCGCGCCGUCACCAUCGCCGCAUCGUCGAGCUUUGGCCCAAGGACACCCACCUCGGCGACGACGACGACCAGGACGCACGCUCUGCGGCGGGCGAGGACUUGUCCAACUCGGGCUACUCGUCCUUCUCGGUCCUCGACGCCCCCGACGAGGAUCGAGACGCCCCGACCGAGGCGGGCCGCUUCGAAGAGCAGUUCCGCGAGACGUUUGGGCUGCCGGAGGAUGAGCGCCUGGUCGGCCACGUCCACGCCACGCUCUUCCGGGUCCUGCCCAUCACGGGUAGGGCGUUCGUCUCGACACGCCACCUCGCGUUCCGCUCUUCGGGCAUAGCGCAGAAGACCGUGGGGCGUACGCUGAUGCUGAUCCCGCUCUCGGACGUCGUCUCGGCCGCGCGGCAACCGGCGUUCCGCUUCGGGCAGCACGGCGUCGUGGUCACCGUUCGAGGGCACGAAGAGGUCUUCCUCGAACUGGCCUCGGCAGAGCGCAGGGACGAGAUGCUCUCCCUGAUCGACCUCCAGCUCGACCACAUCAGAGCAGACGACCCGGACGACGACGAUCUCGCCGCCGUCGGAGGCGACGCGGCGGCAGGCUCGGAGAGGUCGAACGCGCUCGUGCUACGGGACCUCAGCGAACAGCUCGACCAAAGCUUCGACUCUGCCUCGGCCAGCACCUCGACCCUGUCGUCGCACCUCUCGAUGCUGGGCCAGUCGUCGGCCUCGAUAAUGCGGUCCGACUCGUCGGCGCUGCUCUCGUUCAAGCCGGCCAAGCCGCUGGUCUUUACCAUGCUGACGAUCGGCUCGCGAGGCGACGUGCAGCCCUACAUUGCCCUCGGCAAGGGCCUGCAGGCCGAUGGCCACCGCGUGCGCAUCGCCACGCACCCCGAGUUUGGCGACUGGGUCAAGGGCCACGGGAUCGAGUUUAGUGGCAUCGGCGGAGAUCCUGCCGAGCUGAUGCGCAUCUGCGUCGAGAACGGCACGUUUACGGUGUCGUUUCUGAGGGAGGGCGUCACCAAGUUCCGUGGCUGGCUCGAUGACCUGCUGCUGUCCAGCUGGCAUGCCUGCCAGGGCAGCGACGUCAUCAUCGAGAGCCCCUCGGCCAUCGCCGGCAUCCAUGUCGCCGAGGCCCUCCAGGUGCCCUAUUACCGCGCCUUCACCAUGCCAUGGACCCGCACGCGCGCCUACCCGCACGCCUUUGCCGUGCCAGGCAACAAGGCCGGCGGCAACUACAACUACAUGUCGUACGUCAUCUUUGACCAGAUCUUUUGGCGCGCGGCAGCCGGCCAGAUUAAUCGCUGGCGCAAGAAACACCUGGGCCUGCGCUCGACCAACAUCGACAAGCUCGAGCAGCACAAGGUGCCGUUCAUCUACAACUUUAGUCCGAGCCUGGUGCCGCGCCCGCUGGACUGGUUCGAGUGGAUCCACGUGACAGGUUUCUGGUUCCUCGACGGCCCAGACAAUUCAUCGAGCCGCAAGUGGCAGCCGCCGGCAGACCUGGUGGCGUUCAUCGACCGGGCGCGCGUCAACGGCCGCAAGCUGGUCUACAUUGGUUGGGGCUCGAUUGUCGUGUCGGACGCCGAGGCCAUGACCCGCUGCGUGCUCGAGGCGGUCAAGAAGAGCGGCGUCUGCGCCAUCAUCUCCAAGGGCUGGUCCGACCGCCUCUCGUCGGGCUCCAACCCGGGCUCGACGGUCUCCGACCCUGCCGUCCUCGACGACGUCUUUCAGGUGUCGUCGGUGCCGCACGACUGGCUCUUCCCGCUCAUCGAUGCCGCCUGCCAUCACGGCGGCGCCGGCACGUUGGGCGCCAGCCUGCGCGCCGGUCUGCCCACGAUUGUCAAGCCGUACUUUGGCGACCAGUUCUUUUGGGGCCAGCAGGUCGAGAGCCUCGGCGUGGGGAGCUGCGUCAAGAACCUCACUGCCGACGCCCUCGCAGCGGCGCUCCGGACGGCGACGACCAACGCCAAGCAGAUUGAGGGGGCCCGGGCGCUCGGCGCCCAGAUCAGGGCAGAGGACGGCGUGGGCGAGGCCAUCAAGGCCAUCUACCGCGACCUCGACUAUGCGCGCGGCCGGAUCAAGCGCGACACGAGGCUGCCCACCGAGACGCAGCGCGGUCAAGGCCAGGAUGCCGACUCGACGCCCCUACUUCAGCAGGGCGCCAUGCCGCCUCGUGCAGACGUCAACGACGACGAGCAGCCGCACGACGGCACGGCUGCCCGGGCAGCGGGCCCGGUCACCGAUGCGGUGCAGGCGGCGGCCGAUACGUCGCACGAGCGCGAGCACGAGCACGAGCACGGCAGCUGCAGCGCCGAGCACACGUCCGACGAGUGGUCGGACGUCGGCGGCCCACUGAGCCCCGCCAUGAGCGGCAGCCACGACGAUCCCUCGAGCUCCCUCUUCCUGUCGAGCCACCACGACGCCCCUACCACCGGCGCCUGA